AGCGCGGCGGGGCUGGUGGGAGCGGCGGGCCGGCGGCUCCUUCUCGGAAGGCGGGGGCCGGAUCCUCCACGCCCCACGGCCGCUGCGCUGCUCGCCGGCCCGCGUUUCCCUCGCCAUGUCCGCCCUGGAGAAGCAGCUGCAGCUCGGCCGCCUGCCCCCUCGCCCCCCGGGCCCCGCGGGCGGCAGCGGCCAGGCCCCUCCCAAGAUGCGCAUGGGGCCUGGAAGGAAGCGUGAUUUUAGCCCAGUCUCUUGGAACCAAUAUUUUGAAUCCAUGGAAGAUGUUGUGGUUGAGACUGACUCCGGCAAGGAUACUUUUCGAGUUUACAGGAGUGGCUCAGAAGGACCCGUGCUGCUGCUCCUUCACGGCGGAGGCCAUUCUGCUCUCUCCUGGGCUGUCUUCACUGCUGCCAUCAUUAACCGUAUUCAGUGCAGGAUCGUAGCUUUGGAUCUGAGAGGACAUGGUGAGACAAAAGUGCGGAACCCUGAAGACCUCUCUGCAGAAACGAUGUCCAAAGACGUUGGCAACGUGGUGGAAGUGAUGUAUGGAGACCUCUGCCCUCCCAUUAUGCUGAUUGGGCACAGCAUGGGGGGUGCCAUUGCUGUCCACACAGCAGCGUCCAAUCUGGUGCCCAGCUUGUUGGGUCUCUGCAUGAUUGAUGUUGUGGAAGGGACAGCCAUGGAUGCCCUCAACAGCAUGCAAAACUUCCUUCGGAGUCGCCCGAAGACAUUCAAGUCUCUGGAAAACGCUAUCGAAUGGAGUGUGAAGAGUGGGCAGAUCAGAAAUCUCGAAUCAGCUAGAGUAUCCAUGAUCGGCCAAGUCAAACAGUGCGAAGAAGCCACGAGCCCCGGAGGCCCCAAAGCGAUCGUGGAAGGAAUUAUAGAAGAGGAGGAAGAGGACGACGAGGAUGGUGAAAACGGGGAAUCCAUGAACAAAAAGAAGAAGGAUGACGAUGUCGAGAGCAAAAAAGAAGCAGCGUACACAUGGCGGAUUGAGCUGGCCAAGACGGAGCGAUACUGGGAGGGCUGGUUCAGGGGCCUCUCCAACCUCUUCCUCAACUGCCCUGUUCCCAAACUGCUGCUUUUAGCAGGUGUUGACAGGCUAGAUAAAGAUCUCACCAUUGGCCAGAUGCAAGGGAAAUUCCAGAUACAGGUCCUCCCGCAGUGUGGCCAUGCAGUCCACGAGGAUGCUCCAGACAAAGUUGCCGAAGCCGUUGCGACGUUCUUGAUCCGCCACAGGUUUACGGAGCCCAUUGGCGGAUUUCAGUGUGUUUUUCCUGCUUGUUAAUAACCUGGCGGUCCUUCUGCACCAGCCCCUUGUAAAUAAAACGACAUCGGAAGCUCCGUGGCAUGUUCCGUCUCCUUCCCGUCACCCCGGUUCCGUCGUCAUUUCUGACCCAUAGGCACAAAUCUCACCACGCGGAACCCGGUCCCCGGCUUGGUCUCCCUGCUCCCGUCUGGCUGCAGCUUUCCUUUUUGCCUGGUUGGGGCCUUCUCCCCUUCCUCCGAGGAAGCGGGCUUCGAGCGGCCACCUGUGGAAUCCCAGACGCUCGCCUCCCCUCCGCACGAUUCCUCUCUGAUCCUGGGAGCUUGAGGUCGUCGGCCUGGAAGAGCCCGGCAAAGGCUUCCUUCACCCACCCCCUGCUCCUCCAAGGUUGUGUGUAAGUUGUCACCAUUUGAGAGAGGCCGGGUUUCAUUCUCCCAAGCAUGGACUUGUGCAGCCUCCCCCGACCUGGCGCCCUCCAAAUGCGCCCAGAGCGCAGCUUCCAGAAUUCCCAGCCAGCCACUCUGGGAUCCUGUUGCACCCCAGCUUGUCUGGAGCUCGGCAGGCUGGGGGAGCCUCUCCCUGCAAGUUGUCACAACUGGUUUCUCCGCUCUCCCGUGUACCAGAGGAAACCUGCCCAGCAUGGCCGGGGGGCGGAGGCACCCCUUGUCGGCUGCGUUGGGUGGGCUGCAGAGGCCGAAGGUAGCUCCAUCCAUCUCAAAAAGGAGUGCCUGCACAGAUCCAGGAAUGGGCUGAACUGUGACGGAGAUUUUCCCAGCCACAACAGGUUUCCGGAUGUUUCCUGGCACUGCUGGCUGUCCCUUGGUUGGGAAAUCAAAGCCAGAGGGGUUCUCCCAGUCCUUCUGAAUCCUUCCAAUUCAGAAUCCAUCCACGCUUGCUUCUGCUGGCCCGGUUUGCGAACGAGGAAGGAGAAAGUCUGGAGGGGCAGAAGAGGGCUUGAUUUAGGUGUGGGUGCAGAAACCUAAGCCUCCCCCCCCCGCCCCCCGUUCUUCACCUGUGAUGGCCAAAGCCUUUUUGGAUCGCCCCUUGAAUUCAAAUACUCACUCCCUGCAGGCCAGUUUGCAAUUCCAGAAAGUGGGAAUAAUUGUCUGGAAUCUGCAAAUAAGUCUCUGUGGUUUUUAUUGUGGGGGGGGGUGUUAAAAGGCUUCAAGGCCCCUCCAGCUUUAGCCACAAGGACAAAUACCCUUUCUGGCUUUGUGACAGCAGCUGGGGAGUGUUUCUGGGGUGGGGCUUCAGGUAGAGGUUGGUGCCAGCUUUUGAAGGAUUUUUCUGGGUUCCUGCGAUCAAAUCCUCCCCCGACUCCUCUUGGUGAAACCCGCCAGGGAGGAGAAGGAGCGCAGGGUUGAGGCCACAGGACUGAUGUGUUCCCAGGCCCGAUCCAUAGGGAAAGUUCUCUUGCGUCCCUCCCACCGAAAUGAACCGAUGUACAACGAGGUAUUUGCAAGCCCACUUCCUCUUUAGGACAGAUGCUUCUUUGGGUGUUAGAUAGUGGAACCUUCUGCUGAGUACGUGCGAAAGAGAUCCAUUUCUUACGAAAGGGUGGGAGAGUCCCCGAGAUGUACUGAAGUCGCAGCCACCUCCUUCCUGCCUCCCCCCCAAACACAACAGUUUCAGUUGCAGUCUUUCUGGCCAGGAAUCUGCUGUCAUUCACACACUCGGCUUGCCGAAGCCCUGCGGGGGAGAAUUAGAAGAGGACCAGCCUCUGCCCUCGAUUCUCUGGCGGGCCACAGAGGUGUUCCUCUGCCUUCCAGACUCCUUGCCUGCCUCCCAUUCUGUGGCCUAGGAAGAUGUUCCUUGUGCUGGGCAGCCUGCUGGCAGUGAAGGGGGUCCCUAGCAGCAGCCCUCGUGGGAGAAAAUAACCUUUUGCGCAAGCAAGUUUUGAAGCUCCCCUCUUAGCUUGGCCCUCUCUUGCUUGGGUCAGCCUUUCUCCAAUAUGGGAUAAGCCAUUCCCCACUUUCACCCUAGACCCGGGAAGCGAGGCUUCCAAUUUGCGGCUCCGGAAACAUCUGGAUCCCUGGAGGGCCGUCUUUCCCAGCUUUCGGCUGCAAGGGUCCCAUUGCCUUGGCCCAAAACUCUUGGGAAGCAGGAUGAGCCACUGAAAAGGCCCGUUUGAGGGGUUCAGUUUCUGAUCUGGAAAGGAAAACCCUUUUUCCUGGCUGUGUGUGUCCGUGUGUGUGUGUGUGUUGGUAUGUUUGUAUACAUGGAUUGUAAAGUCAUGUCUGCUUCGGCCGCCCCCCACGCCCCUCCUGUUGGGCUGCUGGAGUUUGAUUGCUUCUGACUGCGCAAGGGACGGUCCCGAUUCAGGAGCUCCUUUGCUAAAGUUUGGGGCCUGUCCCGCUCGCCCAAAUUCCUCCCUGCUUCCUCCCUGGAUCUCUGGCAUCAUUUUUUCUUCCUGGGAAGAAAACUGCCCUUAGUUGUUGUUUUCCAUAAAGACCGUUGUCCCCAUUUUCUCAUGGUCCCUUUAAUAGAACAUACUAUUCGCUUUCUUAAUAAACAUACUGUAUGUACCCCCAUGGAGGGGGGAGGAUUUUUUUUUUCCUUUAUUCCUGCUGAGGACUACCCUUGUUUUAUGAAAAUAAAUAUUUCACUACCUGC